GUGUAAGCGCAUGUUUUUAGCCUGCAAUUUAUCCAUAGGAAAAACAAGAGAAGAAAAUAUGAAGUGAAGUGAUAAGUGUACAAGUACAUAUCCAUACAUACAUAUACAUAUACAUAUAUAUGUAUGUAUGAUGAGACUUUCACUGUGCUAAAGUCAAUUGCAAAACAACUUUAAUUUAUAAAAAAAAAACAAUAAGAUGGGUGUAGAAAAAUAAAGAAAUAUUAGCGAAGAAACUUAAAAAUGUAUUACCGAAUGUUCAGCAACAGCCGAAAACAAUUAAAACGAACGCCACUAAAAAUAACCGUUUCAAAUCGCUUCUUAUUAGCAUAGUCGAAGUCAGCGCUCCAACCUGAAUGCUAAAUGUUACCUAUUGUUGUUAAUUACAAAAGGCAAAUAAAUAUCCCAUCCAUUCACUCGUAAAAUUAAUUACUCAUUCGCAAUAGCGAUGCGCUGAAGCACCGCGAGACAACUUUUCACUGUCUUUCAGUUACAUAGCUGCAGCGUGAAGUUUGCCAGCGAGCGGCAAGCGGCAAGCUACAAGCGACAAGCAAAUUUUUUUUAUUCAUCCGGUUUAGUAAAAUCUACAACAACGGCUCCCUCGAACGCCUAUGACAUAAUGCGCGAGGACGACAUCGAAAUCGCCAUUAAAGUGGUGAUUGUAGGCAAUGGCGGUGUAGGCAAGUCUUCGAUGAUCCAGCGCUACUGCAAAGGCAUCUUCACCAAGGAUUACAAAAAGACGAUUGGCGUCGAUUUUCUGGAGCGACAAAUCGAAAUCGACGGCGAGGAUGUGCGCAUCAUGUUGUGGGACACUGCCGGCCAGGAAGAGUUUGACGCCAUAACCAAAGCCUAUUAUCGCGGCGCGCAGGCGUGUGUACUAACCUUUAGCACGACAGAUCGCGCCUCUUUCGAGGCGAUCCGAGACUGGAAGCGCAAAGUGGCAAACGAAUGCAAUGAGAUACCAACGGUGAUCGUACAGAAUAAAAUCGAUCUUAUCGAACAAUCGGUAGUGAGCGCAGACGAGGUGGAAACACUGGCGCGUCAAUUAAAUUGUCGACUCAUACGCACCUCCGUUAAGGAAGAUGUGAAUGUGGCAUCCGUUUUCCGAUACUUGGCCACAAAAUGUCAUCAGCUGAUGCUAAAUGAAAGCAGCGAACAGGCGUAUGCGCAUGCAGGUGGAAAUGGUGGUGGUGGUGGUGGCGGCGGCUUGAAUGGCGGUUCCAGCGGUCAUCAGCCUACAAUCAGUGCCUUUAGUCCGACUUUCACGAAAAACAAUAGUGGCACAAUUGUGUUGCGCGCGGCUAAAAAGAGCUCAGCGGCGGCGCGAAAACGCAAAAUUGUGCUGAAGAAGUGCGGCAUAUUGUGAUUUGCGUGACAACAGCCGGGGCACUGGGCGAUUGGAGGGAAGAUGAGAGGAUUACAUGUGGAUGAUGAGCUGUGGUGCGCACGAACACGAAUAGCUAUGGAGUCGGUGAAGACGAAGAGGGGGAUAAAAUAUCAGAAUCAGUUACUUGGAUGUUUGUUUGUUGGUUGGUGGGCAAGCCAAUAAAACUGUGCAUGUGAGUUUACAUGGAGGCGCAUGAUUUAUUUAAAAUAUGUACCCGUAUUUAGGUAUACAAACGUAGCAUAUGUAUGCAGACUCGUGAAGCAUAGCAAAAGCGUGCAAGCAGCUGCUAAAGAUGUUGAUUCCACAUCGUUCUUUUUCCUUUUGCGAAUAUUAAUAAUGUAUGCAUUGAGUAAUUGGAGCAUAUUUAACUGUAAAACAUAUUAGACUAAUUAAAAAUGAAUACAAAAUGAAGUUCGACGACUGAAGAGCGAGUGCGCGCGAGCGCCCGCACGUCCAAGCAAGUGACCAACUUUAGUGAAAUGAAACAGAGAAAAAAGGAAAUAUUAAUAAAUAAAAAAUAAGCAAUCAACAAAGUGCAGCUCAGUGUGUCCACAUGUAUGGGGGCUGAUGUUGUAGCAGGCAGCAAAAAAUCGCAAAAGCUGAUCCGCAUGCGCAGCUCUCAUUUACUCUUAAAAAAAUAAUUGACUUGACUUGAAAUUGCAUAAACUUUUUGGCAGCAGCCAGUCAGUCUUGCUAGUCCCCUUUAGAAUAUGUACAUAUAUAUCAUCAUCAUAUCUUCAACAAGAAAAACCAACAUGCGGAAAUGAAUGGCGAACCUGUCGGCGGUCGUUGCUGCAAGCUGGUGGUCUCAACUAUGGAAAUUCGCGUGUGAUGCAGUCGUCUCUCCCACGGCUGCGCGGUUAUUGAACCCCCGACAAGCAAGUCAUAUGCUAAACACUUUUUGACUACUAGACUGAUACACUUACGUUCAUACAUACAUAUGUACAAACAUACGGCAUGCAUAAAUAUGUGAAAAAUUACACCUGGAAAAUAAUAAAUAAAAACUAAUUAUUAAAAAUAUGUAUGAGUAGUUAGUACACGAUGAUGAAAUUAUUAAUUAUUUAGUUGUAAUUAUGUAUGCACUUUGAAAGUAACUUAAUGUAGUAGGGACGAUAUUUUGUGUAUGUAUGAGUCAAGAGUGUACUUAUUACUAAAAAAUGUAUCGCCGAUGCCUUUGUAAAACCGCCCAUCGACCAGUUGCAAAACCGCCUGAUAUCCAUACACCUAUAUAAAAGCAUCAGCAUAGUCUACAUGUCAAAAAUUGCUCAUGCCUAUACAAUUUGUAUGAAGCAUACCCAAAAUAACGUGGCGGAAACGCUGGGCGGUUGGAAAAUCCGAUUUUGACAGAGCGUUGGAAAGUGCAGUUCGCUGUAGGAUAUGACGAAACUGUUUUUUUCGUAUUCCACUGUUGCUGUUUCUACAUUUCACGUAGAGUUGCCGCUUUUGUUUAGGUGUAAAACUUUGGCGUUAACGCUAGGUGUCAGAAAACGCUACGCACAACGCUUUUAUUUCGCUAUGGAUGUAAAUCGC